UUUUCUUCUCUCAAUUUUAUUUAAAUAUUAUUAUUAUUAUUCUAUCUUUCCUUCUUUUAUUGUUUUCAAAAUGGCAAGCAAUGGCAACAGCAACAGCAGCAACAACAAUAGCAGCAGCAACAACAAUGGCCCUUCUAGGCUUGAGAGAUCCCUCUCCUUGACCUCUGAGCCAAGGACUCUUAGGCAGUAUGAAAUGGCAAUCGCUUCCAUGCAGGCCAUGGAGAAACAGCGCCUCGCCGGAAUGAAUAAUGGCAUUUUCUUACAGACUACUACUCCUACUACUACUACUGGAGGGACUAAGGGAAAAGUUGAUGGUGAAGAAGGAGCGUCGGGUGGUGCAGCGGUGGGGAAGAAGUAGACGGCGUCUGGUGGGGGGGGCGGCGAGAGUUGGGAAGAAGAAGUUAGUCUGGUGGUUUCUUUAUUUGUGCUGUUGUCUUGUGUGUGUGUUUUUGUGUUUUUAUGUUUAAUGAAGUUGUUGUAUGUGUACUCUCACGUGCUUUGCACGUGUUUUAAAUUUAAUAAUUUCUAUAUAUAAAAAAAAGGAAUAAAUAGUGGUUGUUUGUUGUGCUUUA